AUGGCUGAGAUGCAGGGCGUCCAGGCCGAGAAUGGCACUGGGCGCGUCUUUGAAGAGAGUCUGUCGGAGAAAAUGCCCAUUCCUUCAGGACCAGGGGCCCCAGCUACGCGCCUCAACCAGCUGAGCAUUGAUACCCAAGCGGGUGAUUCGGUUCGCAACAGCGCUUCGGAGUACUCGGCAUUGCGUACCUCAGAGGGAAUGAUGAUCCCGGAGGUCGUUGGGCCUCGACAGGUUACGCGCACACUGCCCGCAUGGAUUCGGUCAAUCGAGAUCGAGGCGGACGACGACGACGAAGCAACCGCCACCGAUCGCCUGCUUCCCUCCCAACCGAACGAUGCGCUUGUCGCUCAACACAACCAUUCGCCCUAUACGCCCCGACCCGAAUGUUCCGAGUCGCGCGAUCCGAAGCGGCUCGGAGAAGACAAGUCGACCGUGCAAGACCGCGAAUCGCGCUGGGUAACAUUUUCACGCGCGAUCCAAUACCCCCGAGAGACAGGCAGAGAGGAGGAGAAUCGGGUGACGACGGAAUGGAUGGAUGAGAAUCAUGGCGAUUACUCCCAGCCAUGGCGCGGCCAGCUCCUGGAUGGCGACAGCCCAGAAUAUCCACUGCACACCGCGAGCCGUCGACGGGAUGCCUGGUUCAGGCGCUUCCACAGUUCCCUGCUCAAGAGCCCCAUUGUACCUCUGGUUCUGCGUCUGACGGUCUGGUGCUUCUCGCUCUCGGCCCUGGCGCUGGGAGGCUCCAUCCAGCACAUCGCCAACGGCUUGCAUCGUUCUCAGGGGCCGUCGGCAUUGAUGGCCAUUAUUGUUGAUGCGGUGGCCUUGGUCUAUCUUAUCUACAUCACGUUUGACGAGUACACGUCCAAACCCCUAGGUCUACGGUCCCCCUCCGCCAAAGCACGUCUGAUUUUGCUGGAUCUCUUCUUCAUUGUUUUCGACGCGGCCAAUCUGAGUUUGGCAUUUGACUCCCUCGCGGAGGUGACUGGCUCUUGCAAGGAGGCCGAGGUCAACCAUACCUUGGAGCCAAAAAACAAUUCUAUCUGUGUUCGACAAAAAGCUCUUUCAUCUGUCCUGUUGGUCGCGCUACUAGCUUGGCUUAUGACAUUUGCCCUCAGUGUUCUCCGGCUCGUUGAAAGAGUGGCCAAGUGA